AUGUCUUCUUUCAUCCUCUGGCUCCAUUUCCGCGCCCUUGCUGGGUGGGCGAGAGCAUCCUUUGUGAGAAUGGCCCUCUUGAUAAAACCAUGUUCAUUUUCAUAUAUUGACAAUAUCUCGUUCAAGUUGUGGCGAAUAUGGUACACAACAAACGGUCCAUUUCACCGUGCGGUGGACAACCAGCACAAACACCACGGCGACGUCGUCCGAAUCUCUCCCAAUGAACUAUCCUUUGCAUCAGUCGAGUCUUGGAAGGCAAUAUACCAACCAAAGAAGGCGCCUCUAGUCAAAAGCGAGUUCUACGAUAUCUACGGCUCGGGAUUCAACUCGCUGUGCGUAGGGAGUGAGCGCAAUCCUCAAGUCCACAAUCGCAUGAGGAAGUCCCUCGCUGCCGCGCUCUCCACCAAAGCUCUGCUGGAGCAGGAGGAUAUGGCGUGGACGGACUCAUUGAAAGAAUCCGGGUUCAGGCAAAAAUUACUCCUUCUGGACUCGACAUAA